GGAUCAUUGCACAAGAAAAACAAUACAAACGCAAAUAGCUGAACAAGACGCACACAUUAACGUAACAGCGGAUCAUUGCACAAGAAAAACAAUACAAAUGCAAAUCAGGAGACUGCUGUUAAGUAUUCUACAGACAUUUACUUCCGCUUUUCCUAACAGGGACUCAGCUAAAAUGGUAGAACGAUGUAGUAAUGUUUUCGAUGUAAUGUUCAUGUGACUCAAUAUCGUCCUUUAUUUUCACGUGACUCAAUAUCGUCCUUUAUGCAGUGUCGUACUUGCAACUCCUCAAACUUGGUUUAAAACGUUCUAUUUGAUAGCUAAACAUUAAUUACAGCAGACUUUGCAAAUGACUCGCGUUAAUUUGGGGGUUUAAAACUGGUAAUGGGUCGUUAUUAGAUUUCAGCCAGAUUGAGGGUUAAAGCUAAAAGCAAUCAAAUGGGUCAAGAAAUCUGGAAUUGUGUGUACAGCAAAACACAAUUUAGUUGACAACUUAGCCAAACAGAAUGCAUACUAUGCAGCUUUGCUUACCUUUUAGUUUUGAUGUGGUGGGGCACUAUUUGACUGUUGCUUCCACGUGGUCCUUGUCCUCGAGGGUUCUUUGCUCGAGAUUGCCGCCCAUUCCAACUGCCAAGACAUGGUUACACAUUCUCAGUGUGCUUGUUAUUGUGUUUGGUGGUCAUUAUGUCAAUUGGUGAUAAUACAGAGAACAUUUAGCAUUUUUCACAGACAGAUUAACUUGGUGUUUUAAUUUCAAACUUAAUAGGUGAGCGGGUACUUUAGAGACCCAACUAUUCAUUAAGGCCAAUCGAACGUCAGCUGCCAACCUUUAGCAUCAUUACGGUGGUCAUUUUUUUAUGUGAUUGCUGAUGGCUAAAGCUAGAGGCACUACUCGAAGCCUUUACUGUGUAAAUAAAGGGGAAGAGUGUUGGCAACCCGCAGCUGCCAGCCACUUCCCUACUCAGUUUCAAAUAUGGGCAAGGUAUAAAUGGCAGUGACGUGAGUGCAGUAGCUUCUAAAAACAGACGUGAUACCAGCAAGAGAGAGAGAGGCGCAACACAACACUUGUACUUUGGGGCCUAAUGUUGUUUUCCUCAAACAAUCUUUUCCUGACGUGAAUCAGCUCUUGUUUUUGUGGAACCCGGAAGAGUGAGGAACACCAUGGAGAACCUGGAGAAGCAGCUAAUUUGCCCGAUAUGCUUGGAGAUGUUUACAAAGCCUGUGGUCAUCCUGCCCUGCCAGCACAACCUGUGCCGAAAAUGCGCCAACGACGUCUUCCAGGCUUCCAACCCAUACCUGCCGACCACCAGGAGCGGCUCGUUGGCGUCCGGCGGCCGCUUCCGGUGUCCGUCCUGUAGGCACGAGGUAGUCCUGGACCGCCACGGCGUCUACGGGCUGCAGCGGAACCUGUUGGUGGAGAAUAUCAUCGACAUGUUUAAGCAGGAAUCCAGCAGCGGCAGCACGCCGGUGCCCGAGCGCAAGGAGGCGGCGGCGCCCAUGUGCGACGUUCACAAGGAUGAGAAGAUCAACAUCUACUGCAUCAGCCACAACGUGCCCACGUGCUCCAUGUGCAAAGUGUUUGGCGCGCACAAGGACUGCGAGGUGCAGCCCAUCAACAGCAUCUACCAGACCAAGAAGUCUGAGCUGAACGACGGCAUCGCCAUGAUGCUGGGCAACAACGACAGGUUGCAGGGCAUCAUCGGUCAACUGGAGGAGGCCUGUCGCGCCAUAGAGGAGAACAGUCGUCGUCAGAAGAAUCUGGUGUGUGAGAAAUUCGACCUGCUUUACACCAUCCUGGAGGACAAGAAACGCGACAUGAGUCUCAAGGUGACUGCCGAGCAAGAGGAGAAGGUCAGCUACAUCAGGAGCCUGACCAGGAAGUACGAAGACCACCUCGAGGAAAGCUGCAAGAUCGUGGAGAAGGGGCUGGAGAUCAUGGGAGAGCAGGAGAUGGCCGUCUUCCUGCAGAAUACAAAACCUCUCCUCAAACAACUAGCAGAAGCAUGUAGCAUGUCUCACCUGGACAAAGUAGAGCGAGGCUACGAGAACAUGGAUCACUUCACUGCCGACUUCCGGCGAGAGCGCGAGAUGUUGGGCAGCAUUGACUUCCUCCAAGGCGAUGACGAGGAGGAGGAUGAGGAAGAGGCGGCGGGCGUGGCGCAAGUGGAGCCGGCGGCGCCCGCGACCUCGGCGGCUAGCACACCCACUGUGUCUUCCGCACCGCUGCUUCCCGCCCCAACUCCGCAGACAAACCCCGUCCCCGCCGUGGCUAAGAGCGUGGUCUCCACCUGAAGCUAAGCCGGGAGAAAACACAAACACUGAACUUUUUGUCCCUGUGCUUUCUGUGCGUCUUUAUCAAUUAUGUAACGUUUAUCAAUAUUUUUACUACUUUAGCACAACACCCUUUUCCAAGGUACCAAGCUAUGUACUUUUCAAUUUUACUAAAAGGUACAGCGGUGCCUUAAGAUACAAGUACAAUUUGUGAUCAUGAUUGAAACUCAAAUUAUGUGUGUUUAUGUGUUGUUUAACACAACAAAUAUCAAAACAAGAGUAAUGACAUAAUUAAAUACAAUGUGAAGAAAUAA